GUUUUUUUCUCAUUUGGGCGUUUUUUAUACUUUCACAUGGCGUUAGCGAGUCUAUUUGGGUUUGGGCCGGUUGCGGAUGUCAAUAUAAUUCUGAGCGGUGAAGAUGAGCGUCAGCAGGUCGAAUACCGCGUAGGCAAGGACAAGCGCGAGAAGGCGCCGCUGUACUUUGACGGCGAGUCGAUAUCGGGCAAGGUGGUUGUGCGUGUUCACGAGGGAAAGCAGCUGGAGCACUAUGGCAUCAAGGUGCAGUUCAUUGGGUGUAUCGAGAUGUUCUACGAUCGUGGCAAUCACUACGAGUUUGUGUCUCUGGUGCAGGAACUGGCGGCGCCGGCGGAGUUGUCCACCACAGCCAUGUAUAACUUUGAGUUCAAGAACGUCGAGAAGCAGUAUGAGAGCUACCAGGGGAUCAAUGUGAAGCUGCGCUACUUUAUCCAGGCGACAGUCUCGAAGCGCGUGGGCGUGAUUACACAGAGCAAGGACCUGUGGGUGUACUCGUACCGCAUCCCACCCGAGGUCAAUAGCUCAAUUCGCAUGGAGGUCGGCAUCGAGGACUGCCUGCACAUUGAGUUUGAGUACAACAAGUCGAAGUACCAUCUGAAGGACGUCAUUGUUGGCAAGAUCUAUUUCCUGCUGGUGCGCAUCAAGAUCAAGCACAUGGAGCUGUCGAUUAUCCGCCGCGAGACCACUGGGGCCGCACCUAACCAGUACAACGAGAGCGAGACCAUCACCAAGUUUGAGAUCAUGGAUGGCGCGCCCGUACGCGGUGAGACCAUCCCGAUCCGACUAUUCCUUGGCGGGUUCGACUUGACGCCCACGUACCGCGACGUCAACAAGAAGUUCUCCACCAGAUACUACCUGAACCUGGUGCUGAUUGACGAGGAAAACAGGCGGUACUUCAAGCAGCAGGAAAUAACACUGUACCGGAAAAACUCGAAGGAAGACAACGCCAAUGAGAACGACGCCGAGACAUUUGUCAACAACGACUAGUACUUUUCCUUCCUAAUGUUCUAUAAAGCCUAUCCUUCACUGCAGGAAGCCACCGGUCCGGCUACGCAGUUUCUUGAC